GGCGCCAGUUUGAGCCUGGAAGCUGCUGACAUCGCUGUUGUGGUCAUCUACUUCAUCUUUGUCAUGGUGGUUGGGAUCUGGUCAUCAGUUCGAGCCAAUCGAAACACUGUGGGGGGCUACUUCCUGGCCGGCCGUUCAAUGAGCUGGUGGCCUAUUGGAGCGUCUCUGAUGUCCAGUAAUGUUGGCAGUGGUCUGUUCAUCGGUCUGGCUGGAACAGGAGCAGCAGGAGGCAUCGCUGUAGGGGGGUUCGAAUGGAACGCUGCCUGGGUCCUGGUGGCUCUGGGCUGGGUCUUUGUGCCGGUCUAUAUCUCUGCUGGUGUGGUGACCAUGCCGGAGUACCUGGCCAAACGCUUUGGAGGCCAGAGGAUACGCAUCUAUAUGUCUGUUCUGUCACUCAUCCUCUACAUCUUCACCAAGAUAUCGACAGACAUCUUCUCCGGGGCGUUGUUCAUCCAGGUGUCUUUGGGCUGGGAUCUCUACCUGUCCACUGGCAUACUGUUGCUAGUCACUGCUGCUUACACUGUGGCAGGUGGUCUGACAGCAGUGAUCUAUACUGAUGCCUUCCAGACUGUCAUCAUGGUGGUGGGAGCCUUCACACUCAUGUUCAUAGCAUUCUCCAAAGUCGGCUGGUAUGAGGGACUUUUGGACCACUAUCCAUCAGCUAUUCCCUCAGUCACUGUUGCAAACACCACCUGCCAUCUUCCACGGAGUGACGCUUUCCGGCUGCUAAGAGAUCCUGUGACAGGGGAUUUACCCUGGCCAGGCUUGGUGUUUGGUCUCACUGUAUUGGCUACAUGGGUCUGGUGUGCCGAUCAGGUCAUAGUCCAGAGGUCUCUGUCAGCACGGUCGCUGUCUCAUGCUAAAGCAGGCAGUGUUUUGGGAGGAUACCUGAAACUGCUGCCCAUGUUCUUCAUUGUCAUGCCAGGCAUGAUCAGCCGAGCACUGUUCCCUGAUGAGGUAGGUUGUGUGGAUCCAGCAGUGUGCCAGAGUGUCUGUGGAGCUUCAGUCGGUUGUUCCAACAUUGCCUACCCAAAACUAGUGGUGGAGCUAAUGCCUGUGGGUCUCCGUGGCCUAAUGCUUGCAGUGAUGUUGGCUGCUCUGAUGUCAUCCCUGACCUCUAUCUUCAACAGCAGCUCCACUCUGUUUACACUUGACCUGUACCACAGAGCGAGGCCAAGAGCCACUGAGAGGGAGCUCAUGCUGGUUGGAAGGGUGUUCAUCCUGGUCUUGGUGUGUAUUAGUCUACUCUGGAUUCCAGUUAUCCAGACAGCCAAUAGUGGACAACUGUUUGACUACAUCCAGUCAGUGACCAGCUUCCUGGCACCGCCUAUCACCGCUGUAUUCCUAAUGGCUAUCUUCUGGCCACGCGCCAAUGAGCAGGGUGCGUUCUGGGGUCUGAUGAUUGGUCUGGUGGUGGGAUUGGUGAGGAUGGUUCUUGAGUUCGUCUAUACUGUUCCUGCCUGUGGGCAGCCUGACACCCGGCCUGCUGUACUGGCUGAUGUCCACUACCUCUACUUUGCACUCAUCCUGUUGACUCUCACUUGCCUCAUUAUUGCCGCAGUCAGCUUGGCUACACCCCCAAUACCUAAAGAAAGUUUAUAUAGGUUAACCUGGUGGUCCAGGCACAGCCAGGAGCCUCGCAUUGACCUCCCUGAUGCCUGGAUUGCCUCUGACCCGGUGACUUCUGACCCCAGCCCUGAGCCUGAUGCCUCCCUGCAGUCCUGGUGGCGAAAAACGGCUUUGUGGCUCUGUGGUCUGAGUGGUUCAAGCUCUGCUUCAAGAUCUCCGGCAGGGCAGGAGAUCAAACUGACCUCACUGCAGGAGGAGCCGCUCUGGAGGAUUGUCUGCAAUAUUAAUGCUAUGUUAUUACUGGUUGUGAAUGUGUUUCUGUGGGGAUACUUUUCUUGA